AUGCCGAGACUCGAUACAACGGGCUAUGCCCGCAUAGCUCAGGCCGAGGAUUCAGACUCAGACAACGACGAUCUGGCCAACAGCUAUGCCUCUUUACAGGCGGCAUCAGCUCCACGCUUUGCCUCCAUUACACAACCCCGCACCCAUGGUGGCAUGUACACAGAUGGCGCGACGUCUCCGUCAAACACUCGAAGGUCGCGACAUCGAAGACGGGUGAGGAGUAACUCGGGGGUUGACAUCAAGGCUAUCAACGCAAGGCUGGAGAGAUGGGCCGACGAGAUCGCCUCGAAGUUCAAGAUCAAUAAGGUCAAGGGCAAAACAGAAGAAGAAGAGAAGCUAGAGAUACACCACUCGGUAUUCCAGGCUCCAGAUGGCGUGCGGCCUGCAACAGCAGAGACACUGGCAUCGGACAUUGAUCAUGGGCGAAUGUCGAAACUGGAGUUCGACGGUGUGGUUGAGAGCGUCAGGGUUGCUAUCGAGCAGGGAAUGCACCCGAAGAUGAUCACACAAGGCAGUUCGGGGAGUUACUUUGCAAGGAAUAGUGAUGGGAAGGUCGUUGGCGUCUUCAAGCCCAAGGACGAGGAGCCGUACGCGGCAGGCAACCCAAAAUGGAACAAAUGGAUACACCGCAACCUGUUCCCUUGUUUCUUCGGACGGGCAUGCCUUAUCCCCAACCUCAGCUACGUCUCCGAAGCUGCUGCAUAUACACUGGACUGCCGCUUGCGGACGAAUCUGGUUCCCUAUACCGAUAUUGUACAUCUGUCCUCGAAAUCAUUCCACUAUGAUUUCUGGGACAGGAGAUCGUUUUACAGGAAAAGAAAGCCUUUUCCACCAAAGGUCGGCAGUUUUCAGGUAUUCUUGAAAGGGUUCAAGGAUGCGAAUAUCUUUCUACGAGAGAACCCCUGGCCGGACCAUUCGAAUGGGGGAUACAGACCUACAGACGCCCGGCAAAAAAAGGCUAAGCCUUGGAGAGAAACGUGCAGACCAAACAGCUCUCGCUCAGAGGACGACGACGAUGAAGGAGACAACAAUGCUACAUCUCCACUACCAGGCUCAGCUAGACGUUUCGUAUGGACAGAUACACUUCAACAGUCGUUCCGGGAAGAGCUCGAGAAGCUGGUAAUUUUGGAUUACAUCAUGCGGAAUACGGACAGAGGAUUAGAUAAUUGGAUGAUUAAGGUGGAUUGGGAGAACGAGGACGUCUCGAUUGUUUCAGAGCCCCCUCGAAUGGACACCCGCGAAGAGGAGCGGUCCCCACGACUGGUACCUGCGACAGACAACAUACCGCUAAAAACACAUCCAUAUCGGGUUCAACAGCCUAUGGAGGCAACGAGCAGGUCCGCAACCCUUUCCGGGAUACGAGGCCCGAUAAUGUCGAUUGGAGCCAUCGACAACAGUCUGUCCUGGCCCUGGAAGCAUCCUGAUGCAUGGCGAAGUUUUCCAUUUGGAUGGCUUUUCUUACCAGUUUCACUCAUCGGCCAACCGUUCUCUCAAAAAACAAGAGAUCAUUUUUUACCACUGCUUACAUCGAAGCAAUGGUGGAGCGAGACUCAAUUAGAACUGAGAAAGGUAUUCGCCCAAGAUGCUGAUUUCCAGGAGACGAUGUUUGCCCGCCAGAUUGCCGUCAUGAAAGGGCAGGCAUGGAAUGUUGUCGAGACUCUUAAGCUAGCAGAUCAUGGACCAUUGGAAUUGACCAGGAGAGCUCGUGUCUGUGUUUGGGAUGACCUGGUCGAUGUUCCAGUUGCAGUCCCCAUGCGAGUACCCUCAGCAGAAAUGCGCAGACGCCACGAUCUUGGACUACACAAGGAUCUUCACGAAGCUGACGAGAUGGAUAUCAGUGCUGCCAACUCUGCAGCCCCACAACCUGAUCUGCUUGGGCUGUCGAGCCCGCCAGCAGAAUUACCCAAUCCAAAUCGGUUUGAACUCGCAAGUCCUACAGCUAGUCAAGAGGUCUCCGUUUCCGAAGAGCCCGCGUCUCCUGCAACCAUCUCAGGCACCCAAAUUGAAGGCCGGAAGAACGGGCAAGUCAAGUUCUCUGACCGACCUACCCUCAACACACAACCCCGUGGUCGGAUGAGCUACGAUGGCCCGCCUCGAUCGCCUCCGACUGCUCGAGAAAGGCGGUUCUCAUUCUCGCAUCGGAACAGACGAGGUUCGACAUUGUAUGAUGGUGACGAUCACGAGGGUGAUUUGGGGUAUGCGGCGGCCGAGGGCAUGGAAGGAAACCAUCGCAAGGUUAUUGUAGAAAGGCUCGAGAUGGUGAAAAGCAAGAACCCAGUAUUUACAUGGUGCUAG